AUGAUUCGAGUAUUCAUCAUCACAGUGGUGGUAAUUUCUAUCUUGCCGGUUGCAAGCUAUAAGACUUUUGUGUCCAAUGGUACACCUUUAAAUAUUAGUGAGUUUUGGAGUGAAGACUAUCCGUACGUGUAUCAGCCUUACUGGAAACGUCUUUCUGAUGGUAAAGUUGUACCAUAUAAUGACUCGACCUAUAGUAGCGCACGUGAUGCCAUUCCAACAAACUCGCCAUGGAUUUCCAAGUGGGUUUUCUCAAGUGAGGGCCAACGCACGCUACGAAAAGAUUUACCUCGGCUGCUGAUGUACAAUCUCGUGUCCCCGAUGGACUACGGGGACUCGCUGCGGUCUAGCAACGUGCGUCGACGCCGCAACAAAGCGGCCCGCAUGUUUUUAACGGAUAACUUGGCACUUCCAGCCUUGAAAACGCUUGGUCAUGUAGCUUGGAAUCUCAUUCAAAGUCAUUACGUUGACUAUUUUGAAGACGAGGUGUUUGCACAGCGUUUGAAAAUCAUGAAUGCCAGUGAAUUGAUCCGAGAAUUCAAUCUCACACUUUCGCUUGAUGCGAUCGAAGCGACAAAAGAUGAAGAGUCUCGACCAAACACAACUCAAGCAUUCACUUAUGAUGGAGACAAGAAACGAGCUCAACUAUACCGACGAUACUCCGCAGCUUUUGCUUCAUACGAGGGCUACUCGGACCAAUUCUACACCCGCGACAAUGCUUUGCCGCCACCCACAUUCCCGGCAGACAGCUAUCCGUGGCUUUGGUCUUCGCGGCUUAAUAUGACACGAACGAUAGUGUCACAGCUAUUGCGAUCGCUUACUCUGGCGAAUAUUAGAAUAGCUGGGCUUGCUGCCAGUUCAAGUGGCAGCACUGAUGAUGCAGAUCGUGGCUCUUGUUCAUCGAAUUGCGCUGUAAACGAUGGAUUUUCUCGCAAGCUCGCGACUUUAGCUGAUGAAUCGCCCUCCCUCGCGUCCAAUUUAUCGGUGCUACCGGACAGAAGUGUAUUGAACGAAGCGACUCAUCAUGGAGGUAAUAUUACAAUGAGUGCGGAAGAUAUUCAAGCACUUGAGCAGUUCCAAGUCCGACUGGAGGAAUUUUACUUCAACACUGGUAUUCCCCGACUUCCAAUUCAUCCCAAUGUUUCGAAUUCGGUUUUCCUAUCGUUAGCAAAAUUUCUUCAAACGUCAGUGACAAGCAAUGCAGGUACCAAUUACUCUUCAGCAUAUGAAGACAUUGCUGUGAAUAGCAGCUCCACUGACUCAGCUACAGCUGAUAUACUACGAUCGUUGUCAUGUGAAAUUGCAACCAAUGGCGAUGGUGUUAACAGCGGCAAUAUGACAGAUUUUUCGUCAAGAAGCGGAGUAUACGGUGCACUCAUUCACUUUUACGCGUUCCCUUCUAUUGACAAGUGGAUGAUCAAAGGCUUUGAAGAUGAGAAUAAUGCUGACUGUACAGUAACGCAAGUGUGUUUGGUACACUCUGGCGUAACAGUGUAUACGCCGUCCUUGACAACAUUGGAGCUGUUCCAAGCAUUUGCUAAUAUGAGCGUGACCUCAACAGCAAAACGAUCAAUGCGGCUGAAGUCGCUGCUGGAGAUGGUUCAAGUGGCUUUUAAAGCUGAGCAGAGAGCGCUUAAGCACGGUCUGCGAGCACCAUCUACAGUCUGGUACUCUAAUCACGACCUUGACGUAGAUGAGUUUGCUGAUGCAGUGCUAGGUACAGUUAAUAUGUCAAUCAGUGGAGAGAGAGGUGAUGCAACUCCGCUACAUGUUUUCGAAAAGCAUAUGAAUGAACGGGUGCCAAUCCUAGACGAGGUGGUGUCAUACUAUGCAGAGACAAUCCACGACACAACAACUUCCAUGGAACUCAAUCGCAGCAUUCCGAUGCUAGACAAAUUCGAAGAAAGUGAGCUGGUCACACUGGUGAGCUCAAUAGAGAGUCAAAUGAACUAUCUCGAUCAAUCUGUUGUCUCCUACGUGCAGACUCGAGCUGCAAACCCAUUAUACCAGGAGGUAGUGCACGCUACGAUGCGUGGAGAUUUGUACAACGGGAGCGAGUACACAUUGAUCGGCUUUGGCUUUAUCAUUCCUGCGACCAACAGUCAAAAUGUGCUAUAUCACGACAUGAAGCUACCAGUUCCGUUCCAUCUUACACUUCGCCUAAUUGUGCGUUUUCAAGAGAGUCGUUUACUGCUGCCACUUGAAUCACGACAACUAGUAGUCUGCCUCUCAAUGGCAUUCUACAAUAUUUCCUAUUAUCGAUGCCAACAGUCAUGA